AUGCAUACGGAAAUGAAUAUACCUACUAUGCAAGCAUCAAAUGAUGAAAUAUCCACCGUACACUCGGUGCAAGACUCGGUACAAGACUCAGUAGAAGAGGAAAACACGAUGAAGUGGUACGAGAAGAUUCACUGGCUCAAGAUGACCGUUGUGGUCAUUUUUCCUCUACUAGCUACUUUCAGCACUUUCUGGGUGCCUCUGCAAAGAAAGACUACAAUUUUCGCAAUCGGCUACAGUUUCUUGAAAGGAAUCAGUAUCACUACGGGCUACCACCGUCUCUGGUCUCAUAAAUCUUUUUCAGCUGGAAAACCGCUUCAAAUAUUCCUGGCCCUGUUCGGUGCCGGAGCAGGACAAGGAUCGAUCAAAGUUUGGUGCAGAGAGCAUCGAGCCCAUCAUCGUUAUGUGGACACAGAUCAAGACCCGUACAAUGUUGCAAAGGGACUUUUCCAUUCUCAUAUUGGUUGGAUCAUCUUCAAGCAAGAUCUUGACCGCAUUGGCCGGGUAAAUAUCGAGGACUUUAAACAAGAUUCGAUCGUGCAGUGGCAGGCUCGUUAUUACUGGCAGUUGUUCCUUAUCAUGUCAUACAUUUUACCCACUGUUAUAGCAGGGCUAGGGUGGAACGAUUGGUAUGGCGGCUUGAUCUAUGGAGGCCUGCUCGGAACAGCUAUCAUUCAGCAGCGCACGUUCUGUAUCAACUCACUUGCACACUAUUUUGGAGAUCAGCCCUAUGAUAGUGUCAAGUCUGCUCGAGAUAAUUUCUUAGUCGCGCUGAUUACUCUGGGCGAGGGUUAUCAUAACUUCCAUCACGAGUUCCCCAAUGACUGGCGGAAUGGGAUAGAGUGGUACGACUAUGAUCCCACGAAGUGGCUAAUCUGGCUCUGCAAUAAACUUGGUCUUGCUUCAAACUUGAAUGCCUUUCCCGCAAAUGUGAUCCAGAAGAAUUGGUUGCAGCAGUGUCAAAAACGGCUGGAUCAACAGUUCCAGACUAUGACAUGGGGGGUUCCCUUGGCAGGCUUACCUAUUAUGCCUUGGGAGGAGUAUACGGCACAGAAAACCCUGAAACUGAUCCUCAUUGAGGAUAUUGUUUAUGAUAUAACAUCAUUUAUUGAAAAGCACCCUGGUGGUGCCGCAUUGAUUCGAUCGGGGGUUGGGAAGGAUGCAACGGGGCUUUUCAAUGGAGAUGUUUACAGACAUUCCCAAGCAGCUCGAAACCUUUUAUCAGAUAAAAGAGUUGCCGUAAUCAAACGAGCUGACACGCUAAAGAUUUAG